CGACGACUAACGUGCUAGAACCAUCCUCCGCUUCCACUCACCGCCUCACAUAAAAACCUUCUCCUCUCACUUCUCCUUUCCCCCAAAACCCUAAACCCUACCUUUCUCCCCUUUUUUUCCUCUACCAGUUUCGCCCAUGGCCACCGGUGUGCUGCUCCGUUCUCUUCGACGUCGCGAUUUAGCCUCAUCCUCCAUUUCAGCUUACCGAUCCUUAACAAGCAAUGCCAAGUCGUCAUUGGCCAGGUCUCACCUCAGCCAAUCAUGGGCAAGUUUGUCCAGGCCAUUCAGUUCAAAGCCAGCUGGGAGUGAUGUUAUCGGUAUUGAUUUGGGUACCACCAAUUCCUGUGUUUCUGUAAUGGAAGGGAAGAAUCCAAAAGUUAUUGAAAACUCUGAAGGUGCUAGGACUACACCAUCAGUGGUUGCUUUCAAUCAAAAAGGUGAACUACUUGUAGGAACACCAGCAAAGAGACAGGCAGUUACUAAUCCAACUAAUACUGUGUUUGGAACCAAACGUCUCAUUGGUAGACGCUUUGAUGACCCCCAGACACAGAAGGAAAUGAAGAUGGUACCAUACAAAAUAGUCAGAGCUCCUAAUGGAGAUGCUUGGGUUGAAGCAAAUGGACAGCAGUACUCACCGAGUCAGAUUGGUGCUUUUGUUCUAACAAAGAUGAAGGAAACUGCUGAAGCCUAUCUGGGAAAGAGCGUGUCCAAGGCUGUAAUUACCGUUCCAGCUUAUUUCAAUGAUGCACAGAGACAGGCAACAAAGGAUGCUGGCAGGAUUGCUGGUUUGGAUGUUCAAAGAAUUAUCAAUGAGCCCACUGCUGCUGCACUUUCCUAUGGAAUGAAUAAUAAGGAAGGUCUUAUUGCUGUCUUUGAUCUUGGUGGUGGCACAUUUGAUGUUUCCAUCUUGGAGAUAUCCAAUGGUGUUUUUGAGGUGAAAUCGACAAAUGGUGACACAUUCUUGGGAGGAGAGGAUUUUGACAAUGCUCUACUGGACUUCCUGGUUAGUGAGUUCAAGCGAACCGAUGCAAUUGACCUUACCAAGGACAAGCUUGCCUUGCAGAGGCUUAGGGAGGCUGCAGAGAAGGCAAAGAUUGAACUGUCAUCUACAUCGCAGACUGAAAUUAACCUGCCAUUUAUCACUGCUGAUGCAUCUGGUGCAAAGCAUUUGAACAUCACUUUGACCAGGUCGAAAUUUGAAAGUCUAGUUAGUAACCUGAUUGAAAGGACCAAGGCACCAUGCAAAAAUUGUUUGAAGGAUGCCAAUAUUUCCAUCAAAGAAGUGGAUGAAGUGCUUUUAGUGGGUGGAAUGACUCGUGUACCUAAGGUGCAAGAAGUUGUCACAGAAAUUUUUGGUAAGAGCCCCAGUAAAGGGGUGAAUCCUGAUGAAGCAGUUGCUAUGGGAGCUGCAAUUCAGGGUGGCAUUCUUCGUGGUGAUGUCAAAGAAUUGCUUCUUUUGGAUGUUACCCCACUAUCGCUUGGUAUUGAGACGCUUGGCGGUAUAUUUACAAGGUUGAUCAGUCGGAACACUACCAUUCCAACUAAGAAGAGCCAGGUGUUCUCAACUGCAGCUGACAACCAGACCCAGGUGGGUAUCAAGGUAUUACAAGGUGAGAGAGAAAUGGCUUCUGACAACAAGCUUCUAGGGGAGUUUGAGUUGGUUGGAAUUCCUCCCGCUCCAAGAGGAAUGCCUCAAGUUGAGGUGACAUUCGAUAUUGAUGCCAAUGGUAUUGUUACUGUCUCGGCCAAGGACAAGUCCACCGGUAAAGAGCAACAAAUCACCAUUCGAUCUUCUGGAGGACUCUCAGAUGACGAAAUAGAGAAAAUGGUGAAGGAAGCAGAGUUGCAUGCCCAGAAGGACCAAGAGAGGAAAUCUCUUAUUGACAUCAGAAACAGUGCAGAUACCACCAUCUACAGCAUUGAGAAGAGCUUGGGUGAAUACAGGGAGAAAAUACCUAGUGAGGUUGCCAAGGAAAUUGAGGACGCAGUAGCAGAUUUGAGGAAGGCAAUGUCUGGAGAUGACAUCGAAGAGAUCAAGGCAAAACUUGACGUCGCCAACAAAGCUGUUUCCAAGAUUGGGCAACAUAUGGCUGGUGGUUCAGGUGGUGAUGCUGCUUCUGGAGGGUCUCAGGGUGGCGAACAAGCUUCUGAAGCUGAGUACGAAGAGGUGAAGAAAUAAGGCAAGGCGCUGUAAUGUCGUCCUGAUUGUUCGGUUGCAUGGAUUUUCUUUCCCUUAUUUUUUACAACCAAAGGGUGCUCUCAUCUUAUUUUUGCGGUAGAACUAAGAAACCUAGCGGAUUUUUGUAUCUAAUCGUUGGGAGGUUGGUAGAACGUUCCUGAUAAUACCAGCAGCAGUGUAUUGCUGCUGUUUUGCUUUGUUGAAUUCUUUGUUAAAGAAAUUUGUCAGUGAUUUGUGUCACUGCCUGCCUGUUUUCGAUGACAAAAAACUCGUCUGAAUCAUGACCAUGCUUUUGAUUUACGCUAAUUUGAUGAAUAAACUCACUCGAAUGCAA